AGAAUAUGCAAGUACAUUUUUAAGAAAAGGAAGCUCUAGCUGACAUCUUUGGUCAUAUAAAAGAUGUAGAUGAUCAAAUUUUUGGUGUCAUAUUAGAAAAAUUAAGAAAGGAAAAAGUUUAAGACAUCAUUGGAUAUCUUUCAGAUAACGGGACUUAAAGCCAAUUAGAAUCAUGUAUCUUAUAAAAAGGAGAGAAUGUCACCCAGGCUGAUAAAGAAUAGAAUUUGUCUGUCGUUAGAAACGACAUCAUUUCAAUCACAGAAGUAUUGAGAAAAUUAAAAGAUCACGAAUUCAACAAAAAAGAUUGUUCCUCUGAAGAAAAUGAAGCAUCUAAAUUAAUUCUAAUUAAUAGCUUCAAGGAUAAUAAAUAGAUCAUAGAAUUUCUGAAAUUUUUAGUUCAUCUCACAUCCUUAGAUGGUACUUUAAUAUAUAGUGGGUCUAAUUCAUUUAACUUAUUAAUUUAAAUGAAGGUGGAUCUUAGAAACUAAAAUUUUGAAAAUAUAAACAUCUAAAAUACUUCUUUGGUGGGAGCUAAUUUGGUUAGAUGCAAUUUUAGUGGAUCGAUAUUUAAGAAUGUUAAUAUAAGUGGAAUAAAUCUGAAUGGGGCGUUAUUAUUUAAUUGUAAAUGGAGAGACUUACAAAUCUCUGAAUUAAAUAAAUUACAUGGUCAUCGUAAUUUUGUGAAUACAGUCUGUUUCUCUCCUGAUGGAAAUACAUUAGCUUCUGGUAGUAAUGAUAAGUCUAUCCGUCUAUGGGAUGUCAAAACAGGAUAAUAAAAAGCCAAAUUAGAUGGUCAUACUAGUACUGUCUACUCAGUCUGUUUCUCUCCUGAUGGAAAUACAUUAGCUUCAGGUAGUUAUGAUAAGUCUAUCCGUCUAUGGGAUGUAAAGACAGGAUAAGAAAUUAAAUCCUCUGAUAAAAACUAUAAAGAUAUUCUUGCAUAAUUUAAAAUACCACUAUAGAAUAGUUCAUUAUUACCAAAUGGUAUUUUUUAUUUAUUAUUUUUUAGUUGAGCCAGAUCGUACUAUACUUAGGAUUUGUUAGAAUCCUUUAUUAGAAGCAUCAGGUACACUUAUCUUGUAAGGAGAAUUUAUUAACCAUUAAGGAAAAGAUUUAAAACCUUUAUUCAAAUCUAAAGGUUGUUGCUUUUUGGAAGACCUUAAGUAAAAAUGA